CACUUGGCGGCGAGGUUAUCGGCGUGGAAGAAUUUGACGGAAGCCGACGAGACGACGACGACGGCGGCAUGGAUCCUCGGCAGAAGACUUCCCCGGGUUUUCACGCCGCACGGUCUCCCUCUCCGGCAGGCUAGUCGCAGCCAAUCAGGGGCCAGGUCGGGGGCGGAGCCAGCGGAAAGGCGAGCAGUGAUUGGUGAUGGUCGCUCAGAUUGGAUGACGGAAAAAGUGGAUUUGUCCUCCUUCGUGUCAACCAGCGCCUCGUCUCCCGGGUCCUCGCUUCCGCCCUCGCCGCCGGAGCGCCAUGUCAAGGCGCCUUCCGACCUGGAGGUCAUGACCUCGCUCCUGCAGGAGGAGUUGGCCCAGCUGGAGGACUACUUCCGCUCCGAGUCUUGCGAAAGCAAAUCCUCCAAAUGUGACAAAGCCAUGGGCUCGCCGUCGUACUACCAGUUCCCCUACGGCUCCUACGGGGGCGGCCAAUCGGAGAGCAGCCCUGUGGUCGUCACCUUGGCAACCGGCGACCUGGAUCUGGCCGUGAGCCGCUCCAAGAUAGCGCGGCCGGCUCCGUACAACUACCACCACCACCAUCACCACCACCACCACCACCGCAGCGGGCGAAGAGUCCUGGGCGAGGAGGCGGAGGCGUGGCGCGCAGGAAGUUACUCGGGCAGCGCCGAGUACUCAAUCAAUCAUUACUCGGCGCUGAAGGCGGCGAGCAAGAGCGGCGUGAAGAAGGUGAGAGAAUGUGCUUUGUCCUUGAAGGAAGAGGAGAGUUAUUGUUUCUCCGAAGGAAUGUUUUGCAGCGAAGAGAUUGCCAGAAGUUUCUGCUCCUACGAGCACAAGAGUCACAAAGUCAACCUGAGUUACGGCGCCGGCGAGCACUGGAGCAAAGACGCCGGACUGCCGACCGGCGUCCCCCAAGAGACCGCCAUGGCCGACGGCUACUUCCACCAGUCGCUGGCGGCGGAACCCUACCACGGCUUCAUGAGCGACCUGGAGCAGCCGGCGCCGGCCGAGCCCCAACACGGCCACUACCUCUACCCAGAAUGCCUUGCGGACCAAAGCUACGAGUGUCUGUCCGAGGCCACGCCGGCCGGCGCCCCCGCCCAGCGUGGCGCCCACAGGCUAAAGGACCAAGCGUGCUCGGUGAAAUCGGCCGCUUGCCUGGACGUGAGCACGGGAGAGAGGAAGCAGAAGAAGAGAGACCAGAACAAAACGGCCGCUCACAGGUACAGGCUGAGGAAGAGGGCGGAGCUAGACUCUCUGGAGGAGGAGCUUCACGGGCUGGAGGGACAGAACCGAGAGCUUCGCGACAAGGCGGAGUCUGUGGAGCGAGAGAUUCAGUACGUGAAAGACUUACUCAUCGAGGUCUACAAGGCUCGCAGUCAGCGCCUCAAACAAGAUGGCGGCGCCUGAAGACCAGG